AUUUGCGUGAGAGAAGCAGCAGCUUGGAUACGGAGUACGCCGACAACAACCCUGACGCCCACCGCCGCCCUCUUCCCUCUUGAGUGAGGACUUUGCGCCACGAUCGGCCGGCGUCAUGGACAAGAUCCUCCGGCGGGUGCGCAUGGCCGAGCGCCAGGUUGCGCGGCGAGCCAAGCGCCGGCAAGAGCUCGCGUACGCUAUUGAGAAGAGAAAUCGCCUUCGGACAGUCCGCAAUAUGAGGGAUCAGGCCGGCUACGAACUCAAUACGGCCAUCAAGGCCAGGCACGAAGAUCUGGAGCUUGGCCCGCUCGCUCCGCGCCGCGACGUCAGCAAGCCCGACCCAUUCGGCAACUACUGGGGCAGCAUCUCGACCGACCGAGCCCUGCUCCAGACCACUCUCACCGAUGAGCAGCGAGACGCCCGCGCCGCCUGGGCCGGCGGGUCGCAGUACCUCUGUCUCGCCCCGAAUGACCGCGUUGUCAUUACCGAGGGCCCCUACAAGGGCAAGAUUUCGACCAUUGCCCAGAUCAACAAGGAUAAUAUGACCGUUGAAUUGGACGGCAACGUUGCCAUUACAAACGCCAAGAUCCCCUCGUUCCUGUCCCAAAAGGGCCAAGCCCCCGUCCAGCAGAUCAAAGGGCGCAUACCCAUCUCCGCCAUCAGGCUGGUACACCCGCUCCCUGACCCGAUGACCGGCGUGACCCGCGACGUCAUCAUCCGUGAGCUCAAGCCCGUCGGGAUAAUCCACGAUCGGCCGACUCGCAAGGUCUUCUACGGCCGCAUGGUGCCGGGUCCGAACGUGCGCAUCCCAUGGCCGAAGCAAACACCAAAACAGUGGCCAGACCACGCAUUCGACACACUUCGUCUCGAGGUCGAAGAGCGCACGUUUGUGCCGACGCUGCUGCGUCCGCCCAUGCCAGAGACAGUCCUCGACGAGCUGCGCAACAAGUACUCCAAAUUCCGCACGCGGCACAUGCCCGAGUACGUCGCCGAAAUUGAGGCGCGUGAGGCCGAGAAGAAGGCCCGCCAGAAAGGCGCCCGCGCCGGUGAAAUGCUGCUGCCCGUGCAGGAGUACAACCGCAAGAUGCGGGAACUGCGCCGCGAGCGCGGCCAGCCCGUGCUGUCGGAGGAGAUGCUCGAGAAGAUUGGCGAGGUCAUCGCCAGGAACAGGAUGGCCAGGUCGCACGGCGCUGCUACCCCAGCUGCGGAGGCCGAGGUGGACAAGGUCCAAAAAGCGGUCGAGGAGCUCUCGAUCGCGGGAGAUGCGCUGGGGACUACAGAUGGGAAGCAGCCCAGGGCAUGAUGAUGCACAGGGCUGCUCUUCCCCCGCUCUGGGUUUUCUGCCGAGGGCUCAUAUCUACCCCUUUCUGUGUGAGCUCAUGUGAAUGGGUUGCUGAAACAGGGGGAUUGUAUCAUAGCUGCUACGACAGCAAUCAGUGCUCCUUAUUCCGUGUAACGAUAAUGUGGAUAUAGAGCAUAUACCAUGGGAUUUCCUGCCGCUUCCUCGACUAAGGCUGCCAUCGUUGCCGUUCCGCAAGUCUUCGCGCAGGGAAAGCUCGCCAUACCCAGCAGCCACAUAAGCUUAGCCAUCUGGUCUCC